AUGCAUCACCCGGUGCAACUGGUAUGUGACCAUAAUCUUCGCAUUACUGACAUAUUCACAGGGUAUCCAGGAUCCGUACAUGAUGCCCGAGUGUUCAGAACAUCUCCAUUAAGUGAGACAUUGGAAGAAAAAUGUGGAGAAUUUCACUUGCUAGGAGACAGUGCUUAUCCAUUAUUAAAAAAUGUGUUAACACCCUUUCCAGAUAGAGGCCUGUUAAAUAGACAACAAAUUAAUUACAAUAUACAACAUUCCAGCAACAGAGUAAAGAUUGAGCACUGUAAUGGGGUAUUAAAGCAAAAAUGGCGUCAGCUGUAUCAUUUGAAAUUAAGGGAUAUUAGGCUCAUCGUUAACUUCAUUAGAGCAUGUUGUGUUCUUCACAAUUUAGGGUUGCAAGAUGGUGUUGCACUAGAUUUAGAAGAAAAUGUAGAACCAGUUGAACCUGCUCCACGUCUAGACCCCGAUAAUAUAGAACAGGGCAUUCAGGAAGAUUUAAAUGCUGUAGCAAAACGAAAUCACAUUGUAAACAUCCUUGGACAAUAA